UUCAACAUUAAUUGUUUCCAAAGACAUAAUAGGAUUUAGCAAGCAAGGGAUGAAUAGUUAGGGUAAAAAGUCAUCUUCUUCAUUAGAGGAGACGGCUCCGUCAAAAAGAAAGCUCCAUUAAUGGAUGCUCUACAGCUUGUCAAUACACACGUCAAGCUCUUGGCGUUCGAUUUUCUUACUCUGAAACCAAUCCCCCACGAAUCCACCAUUUUUUUUCGCAAGGGGAGACGCCUCUCGCGCGCAGAGACAGUAGGUAUCGUCGUAAGCAGAGAUUUCAAGCCCAACAGAUUUAUCAAGUUCGACAUUGAUGAUGGCACUGGUUGCAUACCUUGUAUCCUAUGGCUCAAUCAUGAGAGUUCGCAUCACUUUUCCCGUCGUUGCCCAUCAAAUGUUCGACUAAUUGCCCAGAUGGCCGCUGAUUUUGCUUCCCAAAUCCAACUUGGGGUUAUUGGUCGAGUUCGCGGGAAGAUCAGUAGGUAUAGAGGUAAUCUUCAGAUUACUGUUUCUGAUGUUGUUAUAGAGAGGGAUCCCAACUCACAGAUUCUGCAUUGGCUAGAUUGUUUAAGGUUGGCCCGAAAUUGUUAUGACAAAGUUGUAGUCCUUCCUUCAACAUGACAUGUGUAAAUUGUGUGGAUUAUGCAAAAUGAUGCUUAAUGUUUUA